UCCAAGAUGGCGCAGUGGUAAAUACUUCAAGGAAGUUGACCUUACAAAUGCUAUUCUUUUGAUAGAAGAAAGCGUAUAUACCUAUAUAUCCGAGGUAAAAUUAUAAAACGAUGGUUAAGGGGGCCUUUAUGAGGUCUUUUCAUUCGAUUUAGUGGCUUGAGUUGGGAUAAAAUUGUAUGGAAAGACAACGACAUGCUUCCUUCUGUUGGAGUUGUAGACGCAGGGGAAGGCUCUCGACAACUCAUUGGAGCUCUUCGUACAGCAGGAUUCACUGUGACAGGCGUCUGGGGAUGCACAAAGCACCAAGCGCAGGUCAUGGCACAUAAACACGAUGUGCCGUUCGCUACGUCAAGAAUAGACGAGCUUUUACUAAGAGAAGAUGUGGACUUGCUCGUUGUGUUAUGCCCACCUCAUCAACGAGCAGAUGUAGCGGUGAAGGCGCUGUCUAUAGGGAAACAUGUCCUCUGCGAGGCACCAGCUGGGUUGAGCAAAGAUGAAGCAGAUAGAAUGGUGAAUGCUGCUCAGUACUACCCAAGGUUGUUGUCCCUCAUGAAACACGAGUUGAGAUUUGUUCCAACAUUUGUCAAAAUGAAACGGCUUAUUGAGGAAGGUUAUUGUGGGAACGUCCUUGUUUGUGACUGUCGGAUUGGUGUGGGGUCAUUGCUUGGGAGCUCGUAUGACUGGAUGUGUGACCAAGCAAUGGGUGGCGGAGUGCUAACAAAAUACGGAUCGCACAUCAUAGACCUUAUCUCAUUUCUAACCAAUCAGCAAGCAGAAUCAGUUAACGGAACUUUAAAGACCUUCAUUACCCAAACAGAAAAUAUUUCUAGCUUUCGGCACAUCACAGGGGAUGACUUCUGUUCAUUUCAAAUGAAACUGAAUGGCGGUACCUUUGUAACGGUAACCUUAAGUACCCAUAUACCAGGUCCAUAUAGCCAGGUUAUAAAUAUAAUUGGCUCAGAAGGCCGAUUGAUAGCAAGGAAUGACAACCUACAUGGUCAAAAAGAUGGCAAUAAAGAGAUACUGCUGUAUGCUACUACUAGGGUUAUUCCUUCGGUGGAGAAAAGCUCUUCCCCAGAGGUUUUCUUGAUUGGUCUAGAGGCUUGGGUUCGAGAAAUCAAGAGAGCUUUUGAGGAAUCUGUUGAUAAAGAUGACAGAAGGAAUGCUGAUUUGCAGGCCAUAUCAAGUGCAGCUUCAUUUGAGGAUGGUUUGUACACAAGAAGUGUAUUGGAUGCCAUCAAGGAGUCAAGCAGCAAAGAAUGCUGGGUAAAGGUCCCACCAUCUCCUAAUUUUAAAAGCAAAUUGCCUGACAAGUCCAAACAGGAGAGAAAAAUCUCCCUAAACAUAACCAAAGAUUCUAUUAGAGCUAAAGAUAGAUCACCUUCACCAUUUAGACGAUCUCAAACACAGAAGUCUCUCUGAAGUUCAUUCGGUGAAUUAUGCAGUAUAUAGGUAAUUAUUAUUUAGUAUAUUGUAAACUUCUUGCUUCGAACAAUUACAGAAGGUUUAAGAGCACAGAGGGAGCCCACUAAGAGGGAGCAAAGCAAAAGAUGGGAGCUACAUGUAGGUCCUAAAAUUCCCAAGGACUAUAUGUAAUGAUUAUUAAUAAUAUUGUUAUUCACUCAUUGCAUGGGACAGACAGGGAGACAGGGAGCCCACGUCUUAGCAAAUCAAAGAUCAUUGAUUUUUACCCCUAAAGGCCGAUUUAGACUAUACGAUUUUUGCCUACAACUAUCAUAUACAACACACUUGCGUCUGUCGUAGGCAAGUUGGUGGCUUGAUCUACACUCUACCACUCGAGUUGUAGGAUGGUGUGAGUGUGUUGUAUACAAUAGUUGAAAAUCGUACCGUCUAAACCAGCCUUAAGAGAUAUGAGGAGCAUAACCGAUACUUUUGCCUUGGUGUGCCUUCACCGGGCUACUUACAUUAUCUUGGUUUUUUGUCUGUUAGUAUUUAAUCUCUGCAUGGAGUGGGUAAUAUUUAGAUCUUAUUAACCGAGCGGGAGGUCUGUACGGGAUAAUCUUGACCGAGGUCUGUACCCGACCGAGG